AUGGCAAUUCGAAGGUUAAAAAAAAUUGGAUUUGUAUUUAGUCAUUAUAUAAAAGGAAUAUAUAUUGAUAGUCAUGAAAGAGAUAAUGUUAUUGCUUAUCGAAAAGAAUUCUUUAAAACUAUAGCUAGACAAGAAAGAACAAUUCAUAUUAGUGAUUUUUUAACUGAUACAAUUGGAAGAUUAAAAAUAAAUGAAGAAGAAAUUGAUAAUACCAUUCCAAGUAAAGCCUAUAUUAAAAUUAAUUCUAGAAAAAAUUUUGAUAGAUGGUGGAAUAUUGAUCAAUUAAUUGAUCAG